AUGAUUAGGCUAGCUUUAGUAGGCUCUGGAGCUUAUUUUCUCUAUCCUCUUUACGAUAACAAAAUCUACUUUAGCCACCAAGAAACUCCUGAAAACCUCAAUCUUAUCUCCAGUUCUCCCAGUUUAUCUAAAGGAAUCUUUACUCCUACGCCAUGGCUCGCUAAUGGGAUUCUUCAAGCUUUAUUCGGAUCUAGUAAAGGUGAGCUACCCGGGCACACUCCAUAUGGAAAAGAUUUUGACUACCAGCGAGAAUAUAUCAAGCUCCCUGACAAUGGGACAAUUUCUAUUGACUGAGCAAUCCAUGGUGAAAUGGACCAAAAUAACAAAAUUUUGAUUAUCAGUCCUGGGCUUACAGGAGGCAGCAAAUCUCAAUAUAUUAGAAACGCUGUAGAAGUGGCUGUAGAAAAAGGGUAUAGAGUCGCUGUAGUCCAUGGCAGAGGGAUUCAUGAUAACCCGUUAACUGUAUUAGCUAAAUAGUCUCCAAAAACAAACCAUUGUGGGCUAAGCUCAGAUUUAGCCUUUGGGAUCGCCCAUAUUCAUUCAAAAUACCCAAAUGCUCCACUUCUAGGACUAGGCACAUCAAUGGGUGGGAAUCUCAUGCUAAAAUAUGCAGGGGAAACUGGAAAAAACUGUUUAUUAAAAGGAAUUUCUGUAGUUUCUACCCCUUAUAACUUGCCUGUAGUUAUAAAAGCACUUGGAAGAGCUUGGCCAUAUGCAGGAUUUCCAGAAAAAUAUUUAUUAAAAAAUUUGAGGCAAAAUUUGCAGACAAAUUGGCAGGUUCUUGAGGAGAUCGGAAAGGAAUCAAUUGACCUUGAAAAAGCAUUAAAAGCUGAAAGCGUUUAUGAGUUCGACAACCUAAUUACAUGUAAAAUUCACCAAUAUGAAACACCAGACCAUUACUAUCAAGAUGCAAGCUGUGUAAAUUAUAUGAAAAAUAUAGAAAUUCCGACAUUUGCGCUGAGCUCUCUGGAUGACCCUGUGGUGACGUCUGAGUGUAUACCAUAUGAGGAGUUUAAAGCAAAUCCGAAGCUGAUUUUGGGUGUAACAAGGACCGGAGGACAUGUAGGGUGGUUUAAUGGAAUGGUGACGCCGAGAAGAGUAAGAAUUAUUUAGUGGUAUGCAAUUCCAGCGAUUGAAUUUCUGGAUUCUGUGCUUGGCAGCUCUUAA